AAUAUAUAUUCAGUCGCUCCUCACUCACUAUACAUACAUAUUUACUUGUUCAUCACAUUCACACAACUGAAAAAGAAAAUUUCGUUGAAAUUGCAUAAAAGAGCGGUGCGAGAAUGAGUUUACGGUCGACUUCUUUUUCGGAAUUUAUGGCCAAAGUGCCUACGACUCGUAGUGCCCACAUGCAGGCCCGACAAAUCGCCAGUAAACUUUUACAACACAAUAGAAUGACCAAGGAGAUUUUCCCAUUAAGUCGAGUACCAAAAUAUCUAGAAUUUCGGAAACUAUAUCGCCGUGUCUAUGGUCAUAAAAUGAAGAAGCCCCUGGCAGGCAGCAGUACCCUUCCGAGCAGUGUGAGCGUCUAUCGAAGUAUGGUAGAACUAAGACAGGCACAGCUAAAUCGUCAGCAGAUCAAGGGAAUCAAAUCCUGCAUAGACACACGCCCAUCUCAUAGUCAGGUGAAAGCCAAGGCGAUGGCAUUGGACACCGGACAUUUGACAACAGAUUUCAGUCAGAAGCAAGAUAUUUUUCGUAAGAAUCUGAUGCUCCUGCGUCGAAUUAAUCGCAUACAGCGUCUGAAGGGCAGCACCGAUUGCUUUAAUCGCUCAAAUCCGCUGCCCCUCCCCAAUCGUGUGCGAUCGAGGGAACUUUCCACACAGUUGCUCAAGGAGAAUCGUCAAAUCGGCUGCCGGCUUUUGGAGGCUAAGUCAAAGGUGGAUUGCCACAAUCCUUUGGUCUCCACAUCGACCAUCGUGGCCCAAAAACCUAGUGAGGAAAUCGUUGUCAAAUAUUCCCCCUUUAUGCCACCUCCCCAAUUGGGAUUACGCAAUGCACAAACUCUGCUCCGACCUGUUAUAUAUUUCGAUGUGGCUGUACGAGGUUAUCAGCCACUAGGUCGCAUUUAUAUACAACUAUACACAGAAGUCAGUCCGGAAGUGGUCGUAGAAUUCGUCCAUCUUGCGACCUACAACGAUGUGGACUCGCAUACGAUUUUGCGAAUUUUUCCGGAUCUCUGGUUUGAAGGUGAACUGGUGGCCCAUGAACGCGAAAGCCUGCGCACUCACCAUAGCCGAAUGCAUUCGCCCGUAGAUGCCUCCCAGUUAACAGGCAUCUUAUCUUAUCACUGGGACUAUCGUCAGCAUUUUCCGCAAGGCCUACUCAACUAUAGCAUCAGCUUCAAGCCGCUGGCUGUGGUGCCACUGCAUCGGGUGGUCUUUGGUCGGGUCAUUAGUGGCUUACGUGUAUUGGAGUGUUGUCGUGAUUUUGGCACUAAAAACGGCAAGACAAAGAAACCGCUUGCCGUGAUACAAUGCGGACUCAUCUAAUGAAAGACAACACAAGAGAACCAGACAAAAUGAAAAAACUGAAAAAUGAAAA